AUGAUGUGGCACAAAGCAGUUUUUAAAAUUUUACUGGCAAAUCAGAAGAGGGGCCACAAGGCUGUUAUUUCAUGUUGCCUUCCCACAAGGCUCCUUACCACAAAAUAUGGCUUAGAGAGACCUUUUGUUCCUCCAGCUGGGGUAGGCUAUGUCUUAGAUGAUUGCACCAGCACAAGAACUUGCUGCCCUCCACAACUUGAACUUCUCAGACUUCCAAAGAGUAAGUUUUCUUGGUCACAACAUAUCAAUUUAAAUAUGGGGAUUCUGAGCCACCUAUUGGUCCUUCACCUCCUUUGGGCUGCUUUGGUCUUUUGUCAGUAUGAAGACUAUGAUUUUGAGGAUGAAUACGGUGGGGAGCCAGAUCAUCAACUUCCAUACUAUUUUAACCCGAAUGCCCAAGCUGAAGUUCCUCGUUUUCCUUUUCCAGUUGAGUGUGCCAAAGAAUGCUUUUGUCCACCAGCUUUUCCCUUAUCCAUGUACUGCGAUCACCGGAAACUCAAGACAAUACCAAACAUCCCCAGUCACGUUCAACAACUUUAUCUGCAAAACAACAACAUUGAAGCUGUGCCUGCAGGACCAUUCACUAAUGUUACCUUCAUAAGGGAAAUUAACCUCAGCUACAACAAUAUUAAAUUCCAUAUGAUUGACCAUGGUGUUUUUGCUAAACUUUCACACUUAGUGCAACUUCAUUUACAACACAAUGAAUUAGAAGAAUUUCCAUUCCCUCUGCCCAGCUCUCUAGAGAGACUUCUCCUUGGUUUCAAUAAAAUUUCCCGGUUACCUGGAAAUGCAUUGGAAGGCUUGCCCAACAUGACCACGCUUGACCUUUGCAGUAACUUACUUGAUGACUCAGUAUUCAAAGAAAGACCCUUCUCAAACAUGAAAAAUUUAAUGCAGCUCAACUUAUGCAACAACAAAUUACAGACAAUGCCUCCUGACCUGCCACCAUCACUUCGGCAUCUUUCUCUUGAAAAUAACUCCAUUUCUCAUAUUCCAGAAACCUAUUUCCACAGACUUCCUCACAUCGUUGCUCUAAGAAUGUCCCACAAUAACCUGCAGGACAUUCCACACAACACCUUUAAUCUACCCAACCUUCUAGAACUUAAUCUUGGACAUAACAAAUUGAAACAAGUGUUCUAUAUUCCAAGAAGUUUGCAGCAUUUGUACAUUGAAGGCAACGAAAUUGAAAACAUCAAUGUUACUGUGAUGUGUCCAACUCUGGACCCACUGAACAUCAAGCAGUUAACCUACAUACGAGUGGACCAGAACAAGCUCACAAGCCCCAUCAGCACCUAUGCCUUCUUCUGCUUCCCUCUCAUCAGAACCAUUUACUAUGGAGAGCAAAAUGUCACUGUCAGCAGGCCAAGUCAGCUCAGAACACCGGUGUUCCGGCGGUUUCUAACACCAGAGGAAUUCCAGGAAGCAGAAGACAAUCAUGAAACACUCAAUCAAGAAACCGAAGAAGAUCAUGAAGCAGAAGACAGCUAUUUUCAUCCUUACUAUCACUGAAGUAAUCAUUAAUAAGUUAAUAAGUAUAUAUGGAAAUUUCUCAUUAGUCUGAGUUAUUCAUAUCUAUUCUAGAACAACUGGGCAAUUUGGGAUAUUCAAGAUGCAUCUAUAAAGUAGAGAUAAGAGUUUAAAGUAGGUAAAUGUCCUAUUAUUGGUGUAGUAAAAAACAACACUAGGAACAAAGAGAACUCUCCUGAGCAUUAGAUAAAGGUCUGACACAUAACCUGGGUUGAUGAUGGGCUCACCUUUGGGUGAGCAACCAAAGUGAAAGAAAAUUGACUUGAAAAGCUUCUCUGUUCUAAAGUGAUCCAAUUGCAAAAUAACUAAAAUACAAAUCAGUGCCAUAAUUCAAUAGGAACAAGUGACUAAGGCCAAAAAUCCAUCCAGCUCUACAUACUACUGCUGACAGCAGUAGCAAGGAGACGCUCUAGAGAACAGGACAAGAGACUGAGAUUACAAAAUAAUUCCACAAGGUUCCUCCACAUCUCUCAGAAAUACAGAUAUUUCUUCUUCCAGUUUCAAACUGGACAAGGACAUCACAAAUAUGGAGCUUCAAACCUUCCCGAUAUUAUGUUUCAAGUGUCCUGACAAGCUGUAUUAUAAUACUCACUUCUUUGGUUGUCCUUUAAUUAUCACAAUCUUUCAAAGGGGAUUUCAGCUUAUUACUAACACAGGCAAUAAACAAUCUUUCACCAAGCUGCUGGGAUCUAGAGAAAAGCAUGUGCAUUAACACAACUGAACCAUUAGCAUUUAUAUUUUCCCUAUGCUUCAGCCCAUGUUAUUUUAGAAGACACAAAGAAAUGUAAUAUAAUCUUUGCAUUUAGAAUUAUUCAUCAAGUAGGACAGGUACAAUGAAAAGCAUUGCAGGUUUUUUAAACUAUUAAUUUAUCCCUCUGCACAGCUAAUACCAAUUAGCUGUAUUCUGCUUCAAAGUACAAUCAACAUUGCUUUAAGUAACCUGAAGAAAACUUUGAGCUAUGCAAAUUUUUUAUAUCUUAUGCCUAGAAACAGAUCCAGAUAACUACAGGGGAAGAUAACACUAUAGAGCACCAUAUUGCCUUUUUUUAUCACUUCUUUAUUUUUCAGCACUUUUUCCGUGAUAGAGCUUUACUAGCUGUGAGGAAAAAAAUCCCUGUUUUCAACAGCAAAAUUAAAUUUUUGCAAGUGAUAGAUCCAUACAUCAUACUACCAACUUUGCAUAAUUUUAUGUAGUCUUUUUAGUUGUCCUACACUUAAAAGUACAAUGUAAUCAGAUUUCUAUUAGAAUUUGAAAAGCUAGGCAGGCUUCAUUUUUUCUCUUAGAAUUUCAGGUUUUUUUUUUUUAGGCCGAUAUUAGU